AUGCUUGUUGCAGCAGACUCUUCCGUUGGGGAGGAGAUUUCAUCUGACAUAAAGGCGGCUGUGAUGUCCAUUGUCCAGUCAUCGUACCCUCCCGAAUUUUUGAAUAGGAUCGACGAGUUCAUCAUUUUUAAGCGACUCUCAAAGCCUGCGCUUAGGGAUAUCGUAGACAUUAGGUUACAGGAGCUUCAACAGAGGCUGGACGAUCGAAGAAUAACCUUGACGGUGGAGGAUGGCGUUAAAGAUUGGCUUUGCGACAAAGGCUACGACCCUCGAUAUGGAGCUCGCCCAUUAAAUAGACUCAUUUCAAAAGAAAUCGGCAACCGUCUGGCGGAUAAAAUAAUCAGGGGUGAGGUUGUCACUAGUCAGGGGGUGAGCGUCAUGUUCAAUGCUGACAAGUCUGGACUUGACAUCGUAUCUACAAAAGCGACGUAA